AUGACUCAGAAGAACCUUUCCACGACGCUCCUCAAAUACGACGACACACUCCGUCGCUAUUUGUCUUCCAAACACAACAGAUUUGGUUUAUGUGCCUCAGCUGUCACCAUUUGCCUCAAAGCUUGCGUUGCCUCAGGCACCCUAGAAUUUGGAAGAGGUGUUCACGUGGAUUCCAUCAAGCUCAAUUUCAACUCUGACUGUUUUCAGCAAGGGCUGCUUCCGAAUCGCGUUACGUUAGUGAGUUUGAUGCAUGCAGCAGCGAGAUUGGGGGUGCUGCAAGAGGGUCGUGCAAUUCAUGGUUAUGCUGUUAGGAAAGGGAUUGGUUUGUGUGAUGAUGUUUUUGAGACAACGCUUUUGGAUAUGUAUCAUAAAUGUGGUGGUGUAGGGUUAGCUGCCUCGGUUUUUGCCAAGAUGGAUGCUCGGAAAACAACAAAUGUUGGUUCUUGGAACACUUUGAUAGCUGCUUAUCUUCAAAAUGGACUGGCUUUAGAAGCUUUUAAACUUUUUCGUCAAAUGAUAUGUAGAAAUGUUUUGCCUGAUUUGGUAACAUUGGCUAAUGCUGUUCUGUGUUGUGGUGAAUUGAAUUAUUUACGUCGAGGGAUGAGUAUUCAUGGAUAUGUGGUCACGAUGGGGGUGGAACUUGAUUUGGUGGCUUCCACUGCUUUGGUUGAUCUAUACUGUAAAAUUGAUGUAACCAAAGCUAGGAAAAUGUUUGAGAGAUUGGGGAAUAAGGAUGCUGUUGUAUAUAAUGUUAUGAUGACUGGUUAUCUUGAAAAUGAGUUACCUGUGGAGGCGGUAAAUGUUUAUCGUGAAAUGGUCAAGUUGAAUGUAUAUCCGAAUGUGGCUUUGUUUCUUAAUUUGAUUUCUGCUGUAUCAAAACUGAGAGACAUUAGAUUAGUCAGGUCUAUACAUGGUUAUGUAUUGAGGCAUAUGCACAUAUCGCAUGUGGAAAUCGCAAAUCAAAUUAUUCAUACGUAUGCAAAAUAUGGGUAUGUAGUGGAUGCAAGGGUAGUCUUCAAUAGGAUGAGAACAAGGGACUUGGUUUCAUGGACUUCGAUGAUAACGGGUUAUAUUUAUCAUGGCCACAUUGACGAAGCCAUAAAUGUGUUUCGUCUGUUGCAAAAAGAAAAUCUAAAUAUUGACUCUGUUACUCUAAUUGGUCUCAUUCAGGCAUUAUCCCAGCUUGGAUGUCUAAGGUACAUAUUUGAGCAAAUGACAGAACUGUGUCUCACAUCAUGGAAUGCAAUGAUAGGGGCAUAUGCGAUGCAUGGAAACUAUACAAAGGUGUUAGAUCUCUUUGAUCAUAUGAAAUUUGCGAAGGUUACACCCGAUGAAGUGACUUUCACUUCAAUCCUCACUGCCUGCAGCCACUCAGGAUUGGUAGAAGAGGGUCUACAAAUUUUUGGGAUAAUGAUGAAGGAAUAUGCAAUAGUUCCAAGCGAAGUUCAUUAUAGUUGUAUAGUAGAUUUAUUAAGCCGAGCUGGUCGACUUAAAGAGGCAUACAAUCUGGUCAAAAGCAUGCCGACAACACAUAGUUCUGCUGCAUUGUCUGCUUUGCUUUCUGCUUGCAGAUUCUAUGGAGAUACAGAGAUUGGGGAAGCUAUAGGGAAACAGAUACUAAAAUUGGAACCACAUAGCUCAGGUGCUCAUGCUCUGAUAUCAAAUAUACGAGCCCAAGGGGGGAGGUGGGAUGAAGUAGCCCAAAUAAGGGUCAUGACAAAGAGUACAGAAGUGAGAAGUAUUCCUGGAUAUAGUGCAUGUUUGGAUUGA